UUAUAUAUUUAGAACUACCAGUAGAACUAUUUAAGUCAAGAUGUUCAGUGGAAUGUUUCCUCCAAUUGCUUUGGUCUUCGUGCUCCAGUUAAUGCUGGUUUGUGAAACGACACCACGCCGGGCGAUUCGCUAUCGACCACCAAAACCCCGAUUUGAAGUGUACAAGCCAAAAGGUUUAAUUGUAUGGAUCCCUGCCGAAAAUGGUAUCACUCAGUUCUCAUUCCAUGCCAAGCUUAACCAACGCUUUUGGGAUGAUUAUGAAAGUGGUCACUGGGCCCAAACUAUCAAUCGACCUAAAGAUGGUCGAUUUGUGUUUGUCGAUCGCAAAGCGGAACUUAAGCUGGGAGACACAAUUUACUUCCGAACGAUGAUUACGCAUAACGGUGUGACGUAUCGUGGGAACCAUGGAAUUUAUGAGGUCAGCAGAUACAGCGGAAGUAAUGCAGGAGCAGGUGGGGGAAGCCGAUUCCCGUUGUCUAGUUCAACAUUGCCUCCUUUCGUUUACAAGAACAAUGAAAGGAGAACGAAAGGUGUCGAUCAGGAUGCGUACGUACCAAUGGGUCCGUUCGAUUACGAAUCGGGAGAACACCGUUCGCCACCCUUAAUUCGUACCAGAACAAUCGCAACGCAAACGAGUGAGGAAGAAAUAGGACAUAAAGAAUGUGAUAGAGCUCAAACGAUGAUCAAUGGAAGGAAGAUAUGUAGUGGAAGGCUGAUCUUUGAGGAAAACUUUGAUACUAGACUGUUGAAUCAGCAAAAGUGGCGCAUCGAGAAUCGCUUCGCCUCGGACCCCGACAACGAAUUUGUCGUGUACGCCGAUUUCCAGGAAAAUAUUCAACUACGCAAUGGAAAGCUUGUAAUAAAACCUACGUUGUUUGAGGAUAAAUUUGGCGCAGGGUCAAUUAAUACUAAGUUCAUGUUUGCUGAAGAAUGCACGGGAGUACUGAACUCUCGAGACUGCAUACGAGAUCGCCAGAUCGAUUUUGAUAUGAUUCCACCGAUACUAUCAGCACAAAUUUCGACUUACAAUUCGUUCAAGUUUAUAUACGGAAAGAUUCUCAUCAGAGCAAAACUGCCCAAAGGUGAUUGGAUAUUCCCACAACUUUACCUGAGACCAAGCAGCGAAUUUUAUGGACGGGAUGAAUACGCGUCGGGGUUGAUACGAAUUGCAUUUAUCCCCGGUGGACCCCGACUUCGAAAUCAAUUGUCUGGUGGAUUGAUAUUGAACAACGUGGAGCCUCUUCGCAGCGCCAAAAUAUGUACCCUAACUAGAACUUACAACUGGAGUGAAAAUUAUCAUCAGUUUGGCCUAAGUUGGAGCCCGCGCGGCAUUUACAUGGAAGUUGAUGGAGAGGUUUACUGUCACAUUGAACCGGAACAAGGAUUCUACAAAGAGAUAGUAUCCAGCAAGCCACAAAUUGCCAAUCUGUGGAAGCUUAGUCGAAAUCCGAUGGCUCCAUUCGAUAAAGAGUUCUACAUAAGCUUGGGUGUAGGAGUUGGCGGACACUAUGAUUUUCACGAUUUCCAAGGCAAACCGUGGAAAGAUCUGUCCGUUAAAGCAAUGCAUAGCUUUUGGAGUGCACGCGGCAACUGGUAUCCGACGUGGAAUUUGGAUAGUGCAUUACUUGUAGAUUAUAUAAAGGUGUACGCGAUUUAAUUACGAUAAAGAUUUUGAAUGUUCCUAUAAACCCAUAUAUGAUGUUAAUGUUCCCGCCACCUUUCCCUACAGAGGUUGGAGCAAGACGAGUUAUCUAAAACAUAUUAUUUUUUCCUCAGCUUUGAAAUCAGUUUAACAAAAAAAAAUUUUACAUGGAAAUUGAAAUUAAUUUUUUUUAUUUUUUUUGCAUUAUCAAAACCAAGCCAAUACUCAGUCGCCGAGUCGGUACGGUUCUGACAAGACCCUUGCAGCCAAUUGGUCCACCAGAGCAUAACUCUAUCCGCUAGCCUAGUUUUGGAUAGACAACGAAUAUCCCCAUUCAGAGAAGUGUCGAGAAAUUUUCCUUUACGAAAAAAUCCUAGACCGACCUUCCUUUGCAUCUGCGCGACGCGCGCGAGGCUCAAGAUUUUAUAUACUUUUUUUUUUAAUGUUACAAAAGAAAACAUCAAAACAAAAAAAUAAAAUAGUCCAUUAUCACCAGUAUCAUGACAGACAUAAUACUAGAACAAGAAACACUAUAUGCAAUGAACUAUCCAAACUAAGUUAUCCGCGCGUAGAAAACUUCGUCAGUUAUCUGCUAUCUGGCUCGUCAUAAAAAAAAAUCGAUUGUUAAGAAAAUACAGCUUUAAUGUGUGGAAUACAGCGCCUCUUGAAUUCUGUAAGUGUUGUUGCGCAUUUAAUAUGUCUUGUCAUCGAGUUGAAAACGUUUAUUCCUUUGAAGUACAAUGAAUUUUGGGAAACUAAUGUCAAGAAAUGGGGCGUUCUCAAUUCAUUUGCAUUUCAAGUGUUAUAUCUAUAGAAAUAAUUUCCGCUUUCAACUCGAACACACAAAUAUCGAGGCAGCAAACCGUUAACUAUAUAAAAAUCAACACCAUAGUUUGCUUCAUAGAUAACCAUUGCAGAGCGUCCAAUAUUAAAAUGAGGAGCAAAUACGUUACAUUUUAGAAUCAACCGCAUUAUUUCGUUUUGCAAGCGCUGUCAUUUCGAUAUUUGUGUAGCAUUGGCUAGAAAUAAAAUGGAAGAGCAAAAGUCUAAAUGAGGAGAGAUGACUGAUUUGUCUAGUUGCAAACAGUUAAAUCGUUUUUCAACCGACAUAAGAUUCCAUACUUCUUGGCAAUUUUCUCGAUGAUAUUGUCCAUUUAGAGAGUUGAACUUGAGUUUGUCAUCAAUAAUCACGCCAAGAUAUUCAAUCUCCUUAACGCGAUCAAUAGUCUCAUAAUCAAUUAUAAUAGAGACGUUUUCAUUUGAACAGUAGGUCAUACGGGCAUACGUUUGCCUGGUGUAUUACCUUUGCCUGGUUUUUAGUUUUGGAAUAUAUCAUUCAUAUAUUUUGCACGGGCCGGCAAAAGUUCUUCAGUUCCUCACCCUCGUUAGAUUGGGACUUCACCCCCAUUACAUUGACCUCAACAUAUUUUUUACGAAAAAUUUUUCCUCCGAUGACGUCAAUACGUAAAUACCCUCAAUCUUUCCAAGUUUCUUAUGAGAGAGAGCAUGAUGCACGAAAGCAGGGCUCAACAUUUUCGAAGACGAAACCUGAAAAUAAAUUGAUUUCAGUUGAUUUUUGCCGUGCUUUCGCCAUUGAAGAACAGUCGAGUUCAUUUCCAUUUCAGUGUCUAUUGGAAUUCACUUCUUUUUGCUUGCAGUUGCGUGUCUUAUGUAUGUUGAAUCGAAAUGUAAGCCCCGGAACUAGCAAAAACAAAAACUGAAUGACAGAGAACUUGUUUCGCAGUCAAAAUGGUUCGAAAUUUACUUUUUUUAUGGAACGGAGGUUCGAUUUGUAGCGAAGCUGUUCCUGUAGUGGACAGUCCAAUCUGUAACGAUAUUAUGAGUCGAAGCAUGCGUCAAAAAUGUACAAGUUUUUCUGGAACAGUAUGUGCCCAAAAACUGAGUUAAAAGAACAAUUGAAUAGUCAGCGAUCGUGCUGUGCAUAGAAGCAAGCUACAUUGUAGCGGAAAAAAUAUUGCUCGAUCAAAAACUGUUUGUCCGGAAGUCAAAUAUUCGAUACUUUUUGAAGGAUACUGUUUGGUUUGAGAUUUGUACAAGCACUGUUUUGUUUGCCACUCUUCAUUAUCACAUUAUCACAAUUAUCAGUUGCAGCAAUGUCAAACACGGAAAACAUUCGACUGAAAUAUGUAAGGUAACCGUACCUUGUACCGAUAGGGUCGAAGAACAGACCGAAAAAUAUUUUAGGCAUCCAAUAACUGAAUAUUUGCUUGUCGUGUUUUGUGUCGAAUAUAUUUAAUCAGUACACGUUGAUCAAAUUUUGUCUGCCAAAAAGAGUCAAAUAUUUUGCUUCGGUCAAACAGUAUAUGAGCACCCUAAAGAACAUCCCAAGCUAACCGAACAAUUUGAACUUGAGCCUGCAAGGCAAAUCGGUUCAUGACUCAACCAGAUAAAUAAAACGAAAGAAAAUUCGUGUUAUUCGAAAAACAAAUGAGAAAAUUUAAUUCUGCCUAUUUUCUGAUACACCAAGGUUUUUUUAUGCGGGAGAUACGUACCUCGUAAAAAAACCUCGUUAAUUGGAAAAUCCGCGUAAAAAAUACCGUGUUAAUUCGAAAAUCCGCGUAAAAAACCGCGUUUAUUGGAAAAUCCACGUAAAAAAACCUGAGUGUACUGAUAAUUUUCAAAGUAUAGUCAACUAAGAAAUACGUUGACGCACUCCAGACGACGAAGGCUGGGUUUACUCGCAGAUUUGGGCACUUCAAAACACA